AAUUAUAAUUAUUAUAUUCAGUCCAAAGACGACAUAAUGGCCACUGGCUGCAAAGCAUGGAUUAUUUUUUAGAUGGGCGUUACUGCCGCCGGGAAUUUCGAGACCUGAGUGCACACACUGAGGAUGAGGAUGAGGAGUGGUCUCCUGCACUAACAGACUGAUGGUGUGGGAAUGAUGGACCUCCCCAAUGGCCAAUCAAGCAUCACCACUGCCUCUGAGAAGAGCAGCAGCUCAGAGUCUCUCAGUGAGAAGGGUUCUGAACUGAAGAAGAGUUUUGAUGCCGUCGUCUUCGAUGUCCUGAAGGUCACCCCGGAGGAGUAUGCAGGUCAGAUCACACUCAUGGAUGCUCCAGUGUUCAAAGCCAUCCAGCCUGAGGAGCUGUCGAGUUGUGGCUGGAACAAGAAGGAGAAGCACAGCUCUGCUCCCAAUGCUGUGGCCUUCACCCGCAGAUUCAACCAGACGACUUUCUGGGUGGUGAGAGAGAUCCUGCAUGCUCAGACCCUGAAGAUCAGAGCUGAGGUACUCAGUCUCUACAUCAGAACUGCCAAGAAACUGUGUGACAUAAACAACCUGCAUGCAGUGAUGGCUGUGGUGUCAGGCCUACAAAGCGCUCCCAUCUAUAGACUCUCCAAGACAUGGGCGUUGUUGAGUCGGAAGGACAAAACAAUGUUUGAGCGGUUGGAGUAUCUCAUGGCCAAAGAAGACAACUACAAACGUCUCCGAGACUACAUACGCAGCCAGAGCAUGAACUCCUGCAUACCAUACCUUGGGAUGUAUCUGUCUGACCUGACAUAUAUAGACUCAGCGUAUCCCUCUACUGGCAGCAUCCUGGAGAAUGAACAGAGAUCCAACCUCAUGAACAACAUCCUGAGGAUAAUAUCUGACCUGCAACGCUCCUGCACCUAUGAUAUACCAGUGUUGCCUCAUGUCCAGAAGUAUCUCAACUCAGUCAGGUACAUUGAGGAGCUACAGAAGUUUGUGGAGGAUGACAACUACAAGUUGUCGUUGAAGAUUGAGCCAGCCACCAGCACCCCUCGCUCUACUGCCUCUAGAGAGGACCUUGUAGGUCCUGACGCUUCUACGUCUCCUCUCUGUGGCCAUAAGGGCCUCAUUGCAGACGGAACCAAAAUCCCUCCCACGCCCCCCUCCCCUAGGAACCUCCUCCCCUACGGACACAGAAAGUGUCACAGCCUGGGCUACAAUUUUAUCCAUAAGAUGAAUACAGUGGAGUUUAAGAGCGCUACGUUCCCCAACGCUGGUUCUCGUCAUCUAUUGGACGACAGCGUCAUGGAGAGCCACACCCCUGCAAGAGGACAAGCUGAGAGCUCAACGCUCUCCAGUGGCAUCUCACUGGGGAGCAGUGAAGGUUCAGAGCUCAGCGAGGAGAUGUCCUGGCCAGCCUUUGAGAGGACUCGGUUCUAUCACUCUCUGGGGCCUGUGACCCGCGUGGCCAGAAUCCCCUACAGAGGAGGCCUGAGGCCCAGCAGCUCGGCAGAGUCUGAGGAGUUAGCGGUGCACCUGUACCCUGGAGCCGUCACCGUACAGGGAGUCCUACGACGCAAGACUGUCCUCAAGGAGGGCAAGAAACCCACGGUAGCGUCGUGGACGAAGUUCUGGGUUGCUCUGUGUGGAACUCAGCUCUACUUCUACCCUGCCAAGUCCCUAAAGGCCACAGAGAGAAAGCAUUUCAAGUCAUCUAGCAGUAAGAGUGUGUGUGUCGUGGGGUUAAUGGCCAUCAUGGCAGACGACCCUGAACAUCCCGACAUCUUCCUGCUCACAGACUCUGAACAUGGUAACACCUAUAAGUACCAGGCCGGGAACAAAAUGAACGCCCUGCUGUGGUUCAAACACCUCAGUGCUGCCUGCCAGAGCAACAGACAACAGGUCCCAGCCAAUUUGAUGUCCUUUGAAUGAUUGCUGCUGAAGAGGACAGAAUGAUAGAGAGAGAAAAGAAAGGAAUAGGGGAGGAGAUGAGAAGGAGGGUUAGUGACUUAGCAGCAGGAGCUUUCACUGCCAUGACCCCUGACCUAUACACCCUGACCCCAGCCCCACGGCAACCCCCCCCCCCCACUGCCACCACUGCCUUAACUUAAGGAGCCGUGUGUGUGUAUGAGUGUGUUGAAGCAGUGGUUAAUUUGGCUGAGUAGAUUACUGAAUGGGGAACUACACCACUUCUCCUUUCUUAUUGUCUCCGUAGUUUUUUCCAGUGGACUAUCAACCUCGUGGAACUAUGUGAUGUCUCCUCUCCUCUUUCUUGGGAUGGAUGGACAUUAUUUAUCCUUUAUCCUUGUUUUUCAUCACUCCCCUUCUUCUUGACACACCGUGGUCUGGUGGAAGACAAUCUGCACUUUGUAGGGCAGGACUUACACAACAACACACUCACAAACAACACUGGACUAAGCCAAUGGAAUGGGAUUUUAAACACUUUUCUUUCACUCUUUGACUCACACACACAAGACCCCAAUGGUGUCUUCACACACUUGACAUGAGUUGGGCUCACAAAACUGACACUUUUCGCUCAUUCACAUAUGCACAAAUGUACACACAAGCACACACACUCGGACAAGGGGGAGUGAGCGUGUGAUUGCAGCAUUGUGAACAUGAAGGGCUCUGAUUCUCAAUCUAUUCCAGCAGAAUCUACUCCCACACACACAUCCUGAAUGUCUCCAACUGUUUUCUAUUCCAGAGCCUCCCCUUCUCGGGUCUAUGUAUGUGAGCGCGUAUGCUAGGUCACAUCACCGAUACCAUAAACCCAGUGUCUAAGCUUUCCUCUAUUCCACUGUUAUGGACCCAGUUAUAUCUCUUUUAGAAAUAGGCUUUUGGGUUACUCUCUGGACAGCCGUCUGUGCUCUGUCCACUUGUUAAGGCUCUAGAUUCCCCAGAACACACACACACAUUAACACUAAAGACUUGAAAGCUGUGAAAAGGUGAACGAUAGAGCAGAUUGAAAGAUGGGGGAGUGUUGAAGGGAAACUUGGGGAUUUUGGCAAUGAGGCCCUUUUAUCCACUUCCCCAGAGUCCGAUGAAGUCAUGGAAACCAUUUGUAUGUCUCUGUGUCCAGUAUGAAGGAAGUUGGAGGUAGUUUUGCGAGACAAUGCUAACUAGUGUUAGCGCAACGGCUGGAAGUCUAUUGGUAUCUACUAGCAUGCUAACAGAUACCCAUAGACAGAGACAUACAAAUGGUUUCCAUGACUUCAUCGGACUCUGGGGAAGUGGAUAAAAGGGCCUCAUUGCCAAAAUCCCCAAGUUUCCCUUCAACACAAAUGAUGUUCUCAACUUGUUGUUUUGUUGUUGCUUUAACAUGAGUGGGAGAUUCAGGUCCUGAGCUAACCUGCUUCACAACUCUUGUGUGUGUUUUAUACACACAGACUGCUACACACGCACACACACACACACACACACA